AUGCCCUACAAUCAUUGCUUCUUUGAAAGACCACUAGAAGUAUUCGACCCAUUUUCACUCUAUUUUUGGGAUAACUUCCCUUCCGCCUUUCCACCACCACCCCUUAUGAUGCCACCUUGUCCGAUCUUUCGAGACAUGGGGCGGCUAGUGCCUCGAACCAAGAUCGAGCACACUGAGACCCCAGAAGCUCACUACUUUAAAGCGGAGCUUCCGGGGAUACGAAAAGAGGAUGUAAAUGUGAAAGUAGAGGAAAAUGGUAAAAUGUUACACAUAAGUGCUAAAAAAAAGCAUGACAAAGAGGAAAAGAAAGACAAUUAUCAUCAUGUUGAGCAUAGUUAUGGUGAAUUUGUGAGUAGGUUUACGUUACCACCCAAUUCUCAACCUGAGAAUUUAAGAAUUCAUGUUCAUGAUGGUGUUCUUACGGUCACUAUUCCUAUGCAUAAAGUGCACAAUAACCACAACUACGACCACAAUUAUAACUACUAG